UGUUUAUUUUGUAAAAGUUUUAAACGACUUGAGACAAAGCGAUUAAAGUCAGAAAAUUCAGCAAAAAUAAAUAAAGUGGUCCUACAGGACACUGACAGGAGACUGGCGAGGUCAUGUAGGGUUUUUAGAUUCCUCACACUACAGAAAAAAAGAACAUACUGUGUAUUUCAGGGCUUUUGGACUGGGAGGUCGUUAGAAUUUAGCUCUUGUUACUUGCCACACUGUCAGGUGUUGAAUAACACAUUUUGUGGCUGCAUGUUGUUGCCAAACAUCAUCUAUUUGGAAACAUCGAGGAAACGAAGGCGUCAGGCGAAAAGGGGGGACCGCGAACACGAGACGAGAAGCGCGCUCUCCACACUCAGGCUGUCCUCGAGACGCAUUCCGACGGUGCGCCUCUAUAGUGUCCUUUAUGGGAUCCCGUAGGCUCCUCUCCCCGCUCUCCUCCGUGGAUGCUCUGUUGGUGUGGGGACACCGGGCGGUGCGGCAGCCUUCUCUUAAUAAUGGAGCAGAUCAACAACAUCCAGGUGGUUCCGUGCACCAGCUCAGAUUACCUGAAGCCACUGAGGGUGCAUUACAGCCAGAAUGGAGCCAAGAAAUCCUGGGACUUCAUGAGAACCCAUGACAGCGUCUCCGUCCUCAUCUUCAACACCACCUGCCACUGCUUUAUCCUGGUCAAGCAGUUCCGCCCAGCGGUGUACAUGUGCGAGUGGGAGAAGAGCCAGUCGGCGCAGGCCAAGGAGAAAGCUGCCGAGGAGGACGAAGCAGAGCCAGAUGAAAAAGCUCCUGCAUCUGAUGCCGGGUCGGAUGACAAGGGCGAGGAGUCGGGCCAAACCGUCGACGUCCCCCCAGCUUCGGCCGGCGUGACCUACGAGCUGUGCGUGAGGCCCGUGGACAAGCCUGACCUUUCCCUCGAGGAUAUUGCCCGGCAAGAAGUGCUGCAGGAGUGCGGCUACGACGUCCCCGCCACCAAGCUGCGCAGGAUCACCUCCUACAGGUCGGGCGUGGGCGUCACGGGCGCCAAACAGACCCUGUUCUACGCCGAGGUGUCAGACGAGAACUGCGUGGGCGUGGGCGAAGGCGGCAACGAGGCGCAAGAGGGCGAGCUUGUCGAGGUGGUGAAGGUGCCGCUGCACGAGGCUAUGAACUUCGCAUAUGAUGAGAGCAUCCCCAAGACCAUGGGCGUCAUCUUCAGCUUUGUCUGGUUCCACAGCAACAUGGCGCCCAAGUACAAGAUCUCCACCAACGUUUAGCAUGCACAGCUCAGAUCAGACCCCGCCCUCUAUUCUGUCACGUAUGCUGCGCACUUUUCUUUCCUUUUAUUUCAAUGUCAGCAUUGAGUAGAUGUUGCGUAUUCCGUUUCCUUUACUGUAGUGACUUUCUUAGUGUGCAUCACUAUUAUUCCAUUCUCUCACUUGAUUUCAGGACUAAAACUGGAACUGUUAUUAUUUAUUAUAUUUGUGUAAUUUUUUUUUUUAUCACCGAUUGGGGUUCUAAUUGAGACAGACUCAUUAAGUGUAGAAAAAGGGUGUGAUGGAAGGGGAAGUUUGCCAUCAGCAUCAUGAAGUUUUGCUGUGGAAUUGGAGAUGGCCUUUGCAGAGAACGCCCAUAUCCCAGUAGGUCGCGUGGGGAGGAACACCACAUCCGUAAGUUUUAACUUAUAUACUGGUAGUCAAAACACGCUUUAGUUGUGCAGCCAGCCAGCAGCUGCCAGUGCUGAGACACUCACUGGGGCGCCAGGUCAGCAAGGUCCCGCAACAGUCUUAUGGGAGUGGCUCUUGCAACAAUCUCAGGUUCUACAGUUUCGAUGAAACAUUCAGGGAAAAUGUAAAAUUUACACCGCAUUCGCACCAUGUUAAAAGCCACUUUCUGCAGCAGAUGAUGUAGGCGCAGAAGACGUUUUGCUUUAGGUUCUUAUUUAGGAAAAGGACAUCAUCUCCACACAAAAUGCCGCGGAACUGAAUCUAGAAUGUGUCUGCUACUGCAGCUGAGACCACGUGAGUCGUGACACAUGCUGAAAUUAUUCUAAAAUUUUCACAGCCUGAAAAGUUCAACACCGUCGAGGUGCUGGCCUUGAGCGUUAUAACAUGUCACAACGGCAGCGCAGCAGCAGCAGCAGCGUGUCUCUGCCUUCGGAUGAACUUUAUUGCGUUUUGGCUCACGAUGGCAGUUGGGAAUUUAGCUUCAGGCCUGCCCCGUCCUCCGUUGUCGUUCGUUAAUGUCACCGGCUUCCUCGUGCAAAAAAAGUGUGAAAUUUCAGCAAUAAGAACUUUGUGGAACUGUGGUUCAUGAGGGUGUGUAUGAUACUGUGGGGAAGGAGAGGAGCAGGAAGAGAGCAGGCGGGUUUAUCCCUACAUGAGCGAGGGACACUGAACAGCUCACUACUUGAUUCGGUUUGUCUCACUUUACUCCCUUUGUCACUUUUAAGCAAAGCGACUUUUGGGACAGAAAUUUCUGUCUUGCAGUCAAAUAUGACGAUUAAUAUCUCGUCCUGUUCUAAAAGCUCUAUCGGAAUGGUUUUCACACUUGUCAGACAAGCACUUGUGAAACAUACAGGUGGGGCAGCUAGUGAUAUGUGCUGAAAUACAAAAUAUUUUGGAGAGAGACCAGAAGGAAGCUGUAGUGAAUAGAAUAAAAUGCAAACUUUUAGAAAGAAAGAAAAAAAAAAAAAAA